AUGUUCCUGUACCUGCACGUGUUCCUCUCCCUGUAUGUGUUCCUAUACCUGUACGUGUUCCUGUACCUGUCCGUGUUCAUGUACCAGUACGUGUUCCUAUACAUGUACAUGUUCCUGUCCCUGUAUCCACUUUGGGGUUUCCUGUACCUGUACGUGUUCCUCUCCCUGUAUGUGUUCCUGUACCUGUACGUGUUCCUGUCCCUGUACUACCUGUCCGUGUUCAUGUACCAGUACGUGUUCCUAUACCUGUACGUGUUCCUGUCCCUGUACGUAUUCCUGUACCUGUACAUGUUCCUGUACCUGCACGUGUUCCUCUCCCUGUAUGUGUUCCUAUACCUGUACGUGUUCCUGUACCUGUCCGUGUUCAUGUACCAGUACGUGUUCCUAUACAUGUACAUGUUCCUGUCCCUGUACGUAUUCCUGCACCUGUACAUGUUCCUGUACCUGUACGUGUUAUGGUAUUUGUCCGUGUCCCUGUGCCUGCAUGUGUUCCUGUACCUCUACGUGAUCCUGUACCUGUACAUGUUCCUGUACUUACCAAGAAUCAAUCCACUUGUACAAAAAUAUCCCCUUGGAAACCAGACCGGAUGUACACGUGUCCCAGCGUCCCCGGCGCGGGAAAAUGACUGUGUCCACGUGUCCAAGUGUCCACGUGUCCUAUAG